AAAAGCCGCACCCGCCCCAUUUGCGAAACCUAAAGCCUCCACAAAACCCCCCUCUUUGCUUGAAGAAGGGGGGAAAAAUUAAUAAGUUAUUGCAAAUAAGUCCAUCUAUCAAUCUCUCCUCUUCAAUUUACACCUGUAUCUUCAUAAUUCGGAGCUUAGUCAUCAAUGGCGGACUCAGAUUCGGAUCCCAAAGAGGCCCCAAAUGAAGCGGAGAAGACGGCGGUGGAGCCCAUAAGGAUGCCGACGAUGGAAGAGAUCCGAGGCCAAGACAUUUGGAACAAUUGCGCUGUUAGAAGCGUCGUUAGUGGAGUCAUGGGAGGUGGGCUUGGUUUGUUUAUGGGUCUAUUUCUUGGGGCUCUGGAUAAUCCUUUGAUGCAAGAGGAAAUGAGUGCAAAGCAGCAAUUUAUAUACACUGCAAAGCAGAUGGGAAGAAGAAGCUGGGGUUCUGCCAAGGCUUUUGCAAUUAUGGGCCUCACAUUCUCAGCUGCUGAAUGCAUUGUCGAGAAGGCACGUGCAAAACAUGAUAUGACAAAUACAGUUGUCGCCGGUUGUGUCACAGGAGGAGCUAUGUCUGCUAGAGGGUUAAUUGCGGACAUGGGCGAAGCUACUAAGGGGCCAAAUCAGCAGUGGACCCCGCUUGACAAAUGAAAUAUUGCAUGAAUAGGGGUGCUUGAUAGUUAAUAAAAUUAUAGAGAGUAAAAUGUAAUAAUAUCUAUCUCUAAACUUUCUCAUAGCUUUCGCUUUCUCGAUCCUGAAUAUAGAACAUGAUCUUCUGGUCGGUGGACCAAAGCAUGGGUUCAAAUGUGUACAAAUUUCCAUCACUAUAAAGUGAAUUGAUCAAUAUGUCUAUUGAUUUUUAUCUCAAGAGUUGAGCAACCAUUUUGAUAAUCGUAGUCUGGAUUUUCUUUUUUCAGUGACAUGUGUUGAACCACGUAACUCGUUCUCUUUGUUUGAUAAAGAAAAACUGAUUUGAUUGGUCAAUUUUUAUCCUACAUUUUUUUUCUAGAAAUAGAUUAACUAUAUCUAUCAUGUCGCUACUCAUCAUGAUUUUAUAACCUUCACUGUUCAAGUUGAAGAAAUUGGCAGUAAUCUUGCUUGUUUCAACAACAAUCGUUGAAAGAGCAUUUUCAGCAAUUGAAAAUUGUUAAGAAUGUCUUGGAAACCGAAUGAGAGACAUUUAUAUGAAUGAUUGUUGGCAACUUAUAUGAAAUAUUUUGUAGCAUUGAUGAACAAGAUGUAAUGAAAUGGUUUCAAGAACUGAAAGCAAGAAGAAUAUUAUUGUAAUACUAUAUUUUAACUUGAAUUUUGAUUUUGACAGUCUUUUUAUGUAAUGAUGUUUAAAUACUAAUCAAAUGCGCAAAAUAUUUGUGUUAUUGGGUUUGAUUAUUAAAAUUUGGACCCGUCUUGGCGAAAUUCCUGCCUCUAUGACCGACUGAAUGCAGAUGGACCCCUUGUAGUUCUAUUGUUGUAGAUAGACUCCCUUAGUGAUUUUUUUUGACUCUUUUAACCUCAGGAGGUCGAUUGUCAAAAAAUAAAAGAGAAAAAAAUCUCUUUCUAAGGUAAAAGAGUAACAAAAUUUUCACUCAAGGGGUCUAAUCGGCAUCAAUAGAAUUGCAGAGGUUCCAUCCACAAUUGGGUGAUAGUGCAGUGGUCUAUCCGCAAUUAACACUAUUUUUUAUUUACAAUUCAACACUGGAUUUUGGAAAAUUAACUGCAUUUAUUCUCAACUUCACGCCUUACCUAUACUUGUAAACAGUGAUGUCAGAAACUU